UGGCUGUAGUAUCCUGGAGUCGAACAUUGGACAUCUAAAAAACAACACUCCAAGCUUCUGUGGAAAAUACGUUUCUAUUGUAGAGAACAUCCAGUAGUUGUGAUUUUCGAGGAACUUUCCAAAGAUGCCACGUUCAUUUCUGGUCAAGAAGUAUUUCUCCAACAAGAAGCCUAACUACAGUGAGCUGGAGAGUCAAAGCGAUGAACGCUGUGCAAAUCUCCCACUGUGUUUCCCUCCGUAUGACAUCGCCACCAAAGAAGACCAUCCUGUGGUGCCCACAUACCCCUCUCUUCUCGUGUGGAGCACCGACGCCUUACCCCUCAGCUCUCCUCGUGGGCCUCUGGACCUGAGCUGUCAGUCCAGCUCCAGCAGCGGAGAGGAGGACGACUGCCGUACGUCCGAUCCACCCAGCCCGGAUCCCACAGAGCGCUUCCAGUGCGCCCACUGCGGCAAGAGCUGCAGCAGCCCGGCCGCUUUGUCAUGCCACCAACUCACACACUGUACCGCACGUCCGGAAGCGCGCAUCACCGUGACGGCAGUCUCCGGCACUGCCACGAGGCCAGCGUUUCACUGCAAGCACUGUCCCAAAGAGUACAACAGUCUGGGGGCCUUGAAAAUGCACAUCCGUUCACACACGCUGCCCUGCGUGUGCACCACAUGUGGAAAGGCGUUCUCCAGACCCUGGUUACUGAGGGGACACAUCCGCACACAUACCGGCGAACGUCCCUUCUCCUGCCCCCACUGCAAUCGCGCAUUUGCCGACCGCUCAAAUCUCCGCGCUCAUCUCCAGACCCACUCCGAGGUGAAGAAGUACCAGUGUGGAACGUGCUCUCGUACCUUCAGCCGCAUGUCCCUCUUGCACAAACACACCUUCUCUGGAUGCCAUCCAUCUACUUAGAGGAAAAGACAUUCUCAGGUAUCAAGCCAUACAUGAAUGUGUGAACCGGAACUCUGUCCAGUGCCUUAUCUUCCACGGGCCAAAGGAGAGAUUCUUCCUUUUCUACCAGUUGUGCUUUUAGAAAGACACUUGCAAUGUCUGCGAGGAAGGUUUGCUACACGCCAACUUUUUUCAUUGUACUUUUGGCUCUCUGUGGAUUCCCAAGAUGCAACUCGGUGCCGGCGGGUCCCGGACUGUGAGGGGCAGCUGCUGUAGUGUGUGUGUGAUCUGAGGUCAUAUCUCACCAAGAUCUCCACACUCAUACAGAGAUGUAUUGAGACAGCUGUCGCUGUGCCGACCUGUCCACUAAAGCUCUCAGGGUUGUUGGCUUGCUGUUUCAGCCCUUCUGUGAUGAUGACUGAAGACGAUAACCAAAGGCCUGUUUUUAGAAGAAGUUCGAUUCGAUUUUGGUAUUUUGUUUGGAGUCAUUUGAGCUCAUCAUUCAGCGCCGCCUCCCGAGUUUGUCUUUUGAGCCUUGAAUCUGUAAUACAUUUACAUUUGAGAUUUAAAGUGUACUCUUAAAGAUUUUUAUACCACCCAAAAGAUUGUUGUUUGCCUUUGAGAAUUCAUUGGAAAUGUAAAUGUAUCAUCUGGGACAUACAGUAUAUAUAUAUUUCAAAGUCGAAAUGAUAUGUGAAGCCACCUGUCUACAUAUAGUUGAU